UCCCGAUUAUAAAAGCCAACACAUUUUUGCUGCCAACAACCAUACCUCAUUAACUCACGCUGCUUGCAUUGUUGCGGUCCCGUAUUCUCUUCACCUCGGAUAUCUACCAUCACAGCAUCAAAUAUGGCUCGGCAAGGUCAAAUGUUGCAGGCGAUUGGAGAGGAUUGCAUUGUCUACACUUGGUACAGACGCCCAUACAAUCGCCGAGUACCUACUCAACGCCAACUUGAACUUCAACAACAACUACAGCCAAUUCAAGGAGAACCUCCCCCAACACCACAGAUGCUAAAUCCAAAACAAACUCAGCUUUCUGAGUUGGGUGAAUUGAUUUUGGUAUUAAACGAGAUUUAG